CUGCAAUGUUCUGUCAGCAGUAUUAUAUUGGUGUUCCGUGUUUACGUUUACGAGUGCGUCAGUGGCUCAGUGCGCGACUGAACAAGCGUCGUGUACUGUAUGAUCGUGUAGCUGUUGCGCAUGUGUCAAGUGGUUUGCUAAACGAAAACUUUUUACUUUUAAGAAAUGAAUCUCAGCGUUGGAAAUAUUAUAUCACUAGACUGGCACAGCUCGGCAGAAGGAGAGACAAUGCUUCAACAUUUUUACAACCCGCAAACCACGGGCAGGAAAACAUUUGGAAUUCUUGAACGUCCAAGCAUAGCAUCAAAUGUUGAGGAGGUGUCAUACAAACUAUUUGUUACUGGCAAAAGUGGAAUUGGGAAAACUGCAACAGUUGCUCGUUUGGCAGGAAGCAGAUGUCGCAUACCUCAUACCGAAACUCAUGGCAUACAGAAAUCAAAUAUAUUCUGGCCUGUUAAAAUAUGGGACAAAAUCAUAUUGUUUAAACUACAAAUUUGGGAUGCAGGUGAAAAUGCUAUUAAGAAGUAUGCACAUAUUUUCCCGGCAUGUAGGGAUAAAGCAGAUGCCAUUGUAUACAUUUUUUCCUUUACGGAUCCAAAUAGUUUGGCUGAGCUUCCACAGCAGAUGGCCAGAACUGCUUUGCAGGGGGAAAAUCCUGCAUGUAUUGCAAUUGGUACAAGGUACAGUGUACAAGAAAGAGGUGAAACGUUAAGCACUGAAAUAAAAGACUUUGAACAGAAGUGGCAAGUACCUGUACUUCGAAUUGAUAACAGAUGGGCAGGUGAUCGAGGUGAGGUUCAUGAGGUUGCACCCAUAUUGAACAUAAUCUGUGAGAGGCUAUGGGUCAGAGAUCAAGAAUAUUUAUUGAAACAGGGUAUUUCUAAAUAGCAAAGAUUUUUUCAAAUAAGCGUGGCUAGUGCAUAAAAAAGUGAGAACAAAACUGUGCAGCUAUUUUCUUCAAAUCGCAUAUCAUCAGUGAAGAUAGUAUCGUCAGUGGGUGUUGUGCCUUCAGAAAAUGUAAACUGAGUGGAUUUCUGUUCAUUGGAAGGUGCAUGUUUGAACUUCUUCAGACUGCCAGGAUAACUUCAACAAGUCUUUCAGCCUAGUUGUGCCAUAAUGCUCUUUCCUUUUUGAUUUGAUAAUUAGUAAUCUGAUGUAUCUGUCUAUAAUCUUCAACAUUCUUCUGUAAUGUGACAUUUCAAAAACUUGCAUUCUCUUCUUGUCUGUAUAGUUUGUGCAUGUUUCACUUUCAUAUAAGCUGUGAUUUAUAAAAAUACUUUCAGAAAAAUAUUUCUCUUCUUCAUAGAUGUCCUCUCUCUCUCUCUCCUUUUUCUUUUUAAAAAAGCUAAUUUCUUCACCUUAGCCACAUUCCCUUACCAUUGUUUUACUUUUUUUUAUGGUCAUCUUAUAAACUGGUUGUGAGACUCCCUCCAUUCCCUUCAACUGAUCUUUCAAGAUGUUUGCCAUCUCUGAUAGAAAUCCUAGUCAAAGCAAAUCAUAAAGCUUUGAUUUCUUCUCUAUGAAAUUUAAUUCCUUUUUCAGUUUUCAUUUUGGUUUCCUUUACUGGUUGCUGUAUGCACAGAUUGAACUAAAUGAGGGAUAAGCUACAACACUGUUUCCUUCUCUUCUCAACUACUGCUGCCCUAAAAUACCAAUCUGCUGUUGUAACUGUAGUCUGAUUUUUAUACAAGUUGUAGAUAACCAUUCACUUCCUGUAUUAUAUCCCUAUAACUGCCAAUUUUUACAGAAUUUGCUCAACAUUGUCAAAAGAUUUUUCUAGAUCUAAAAUUGCAGUAUAUAGAAAUAGAUUUUGUCUUUCUUCACCCUGUCUUCUAAGAUAACUCUUUCGUCUUCCUGCAUUUCUCCAGAACCUAAACUGAUGUUCUUCAUUUAACUAUGACAUACCACAUUCAUAGCUCAGUAAUACAACUGUCAUUGCCUACCUUAUUCGACAUUGAAAUGAUUAUGUUCUUUAUGUCCAAUCUCGAACGUCCUUCUCUCCAGGGUGAGAAGUUUUGGUUCUCCCAAGUCUUUUAAUAAUUCUGAAGGAAUGUAGUUUACUUUGGGGCCUUGUUUACCCUUAAGUGUGUCAGUACUCUUGUAAGAUAUUUCAUGCAGUAAUGCAUCUUCAGUCACGUCCUCUUCCCUUUCCAUGAUAUUUUCUUCUAGUUUCUUUCUUUUUUUUGUAACUCUUCUAUUUAUCCCUCUGUCUUGCAGCUUUCUCUCCUUUGCUUAAUUCUGGCUUGAUAUGCAUACAGCUGCUUUAUUCUCCAGAGGUUUCUUUAAUUUUCCUGUAUGCAGCAACUAUCUUUCAUUCAGUCACACAUGCUUCUAAAACUUGACACAUCUGCUCUAGCCAUUCCUCCUUCAUUGCUUUGAUCAUUCUGUCAAUCUCAAUGUCAGGUAAUUUCUUCUGGGUCGAGCCCCACAACCUCAGUAAAUUUGAAGAAGGACAUUAUUUAAUUUGCUAUUUGUAUUGGGCACUGACCAUUCUGGACUGCAUGUGUAGUAACUGAAGCGGAUUCAUCAUCCUCAUUUCCUCAAAAAACAGUGCUAUGCAUACUUGUGCACAGCACAGUCAUCAUUUUAUUAUGUGUACUAUAAAUGACACUGUAUACUCUUGUUCACGUAACUGACACAUGUUAAUGACUGCAGUAAUCAAUGAAAUUUAAUAUCACUUGUUUUAUCCCAGGAUGUGUACUUUCUUAUCUUUUUUCAUAGUUUUGCCUCUCACACUUUCAAUAUUUCAUUUCUCAAAACUUCCCAUUCAUCAGCAGUUGUUCUCCCUUUCUGUGCUCUCUUUUAAACACUCAUCAAUCUCUUGUUGUUCCCACUUAUGCAGAUCACAACUCCUUAAUAGCCUAUCUGUUUGCAAUUUCCUCAUCUUCACUCUGCAAGUGAUAAUUGGUAAUUAUGAGCAGAUUCUAUGCCUGCUUCUGAAAAGUCUUGCAGUCUAAUGCUUUGUUCCUAAAUCUCUCUCUUACGAUUAUAUAAUCGACAUGAAACCUACCAUUGUCUCCGUGACUCUUCCGCUUAUGUAACAUUCAUUGAUGAAUCUUAACCAAGGUUUUGCCAUAAAGUUAAGUAACAAAAAUUAAACUUUUUUUAACUAACAACUAUGGAAUUUAAUUUUGGGGCUGUGCUGCAGACAUAUAUGUUAACCGAAUAUUGCUGUCACAGAAAAGAGCAAGUGGCAUGUACAUGGCAUAGACCGUGGAGUAUCUCGUCAUUAAAUGUUUGUGCAGCUUAAAUACUUGUCAAUAUAGUUUUGUAAGUAUUUAAAGUGUUUUGUGAUUUAAUGAAAGGAAGCAAAUAUGUGCAGUAAUGUACAAGAUCAUAUCACCCAAAAAAUGUAACUACUUUUAAGAAAGAACAACAUUAUAAAAUAACAUAUCAAAGCCCUUGUAAAAAUGGUUAUAUGUGAUUAACAAGCUCCCUAACUCACUAAUAAGGGGAAUGAUUUCAACACCAAAUUAAUACUUCUUUUAUGAACUAUUUUAAAUAAGAUGCUGUAGUAAAUUUACAUAUAAUGUAAUAAAUAUGUAAAAUAGUUACAACAUUCAUCAGUUGUUUCAUGUAAUACUUAUUUUAAGUGUAAAAUCUUCUAACUUAAGACUUGGUUCUUCAUUUGUCCCACAGCUGUAAAAACCGAAUGGGGAAAUUAAGAUUUAAACUGUUCCCACCAAGUGGUUUCAUUUGUUUCUUUUAUGAUUUUCUUGUACCAAGUAAUUAUUUAAAAGGCUUGUUUAGCCUUGAAAUAAAAAAUAUACUGAAUAA